UGGGCAGGGGCAGGGUAGUCUCUAAUCAAGGGCACUGAGCGAGGAGGAGCCUCUCUUUAUUAUCUGAAUACAUCAGGGACAGGGAGCCGGGCAGACUGUGGCCACUGAAGCAAGUGAUGGACAAAUCCACAAUUAAUGCUGAAAGAAAGAACCCACAAGACAAAAAUUUGAGGACUUGUUCUGACCCAUAACCACAACCUUUCCUCCCUGAGAGGUUUUUAAAUCAGCAAUCCCAAACACGCUUUCAAAAUGGACCCCAACGACUACAAACCCAAGAGGACAGAUGAUUCCAGAACUGUUGACCUCUCCCAUCUUCCCUAUCCAAUUGUUCAACCCAUCCCAUCCCGCCCUCACCUGCACAAGUACAUCCCAGAGAUGAUCGAUCUAAACAGGCUUCAGUUCCAUCGCGUCCUGGGCAGAUAUGAUACUGUGCACGUCAAGCAGGAGACGAUCAAGCCCAUGCCAGUAUGGCCACCCUCCCCACUUUUACUGCACCCUCCGCCUCCUCCCCCUCCAUACUUCCCACCUCUCCAUCCGAGCUUGGUACCUUUCCCUUUCGCCAUGCCCGGCCCAGUCAUGCAUCUUUCUCCCAAUCACUUCUACCAGAGUGAGGCACUGAGAUAUCGCAGAAGGAGCCAAGAGGGCUCCAAAGCUUCUUCUGCUGAGAAGUUGGGCCUGAACGUCCACGUGGACGACAGCUACUAUGUGGAUGUGGGGGGUGACCAGAAGCGCUGGAAGUGCCGGAUGUGCGAGAAGUCCUAUACCUCCAAGUAUAAUCUGGUGACACACAUCCUGGGCCACAGUGGCAUCAAGCCGCAUGGCUGUGGCCUCUGUGGCAAGCUCUUCAAGCAGCUGAGCCACCUGCACACACACAUGCUGACUCACCAGGGAGCCCGGCCCCACAAAUGCCAGGUGUGCCACAAGGCCUUCACCCAGACCAGCCACCUAAAGCGGCACAUGAUGCAGCACAGCGACGUCAAGCCCUACAGCUGUGGCAUCUGUGGCCGGGGCUUUGCCUAUCCCAGCGAGCUGCGGGCCCAUGAGCUCAAGCACGAGAGGGGCCAGGAGAACGUUUGCGUGGAGUGCGGUUUGGACUUCCCUACGCUGGCCCAGCUGAAACGGCAUCUAACAGCACACCGGGGCCCAGUCCAGUAUGACUGUAGUGAGUGUGGGAAGACCUUCCAGUACCCCAGCCAGCUGCAGAACCACAUGAUGAAGCAUAAGGACAUCCGGCCAUACAUCUGCAGUGAAUGUGGCAUGGAGUUUGUCCAGUCGCACCAUCUCAAGCAGCACACCCUCACCCACAAGGGAGUGAAGGAGCACAAGUGUCGCAUCUGUGGACGUGAGUUCACCCUUCUGGCCAACAUGAAACGCCACGUUCUGAUCCACACCAACAUCCGAGCCUACCAGUGCCACCUGUGCUACAAAAGCUUUGUGCAGAAGCAGACGCUCAAGGCUCACAUGAUCGUCCACUCUGACAUCAAGCCAUACAAAUGCAAGCUGUGUGGAAAGGAGUUCAACAGAAUGCAUAAUCUGAUGGGCCACAUGCACUUGCACUCUGACAGCAAACCAUUCAAGUGCCUGUACUGCCCGAGCAAGUUCACUCUGAAAGGGAAUCUGACCCGACACAUGAAGGUCAAACACGGCAUCAUGGAUCGAGGCCUAGACGCCCGAGUAUUCAGGCGGCGGGGGCGCUUGUGCCUGUCAGCACCCUUGCGACUCCUGUCCCGCUUCAGCCAGGACGAGCCCUUCGACCUGUCCCAGAAGACCCGGCCUCAGCUGCGCCUCUCUCAGUCUGACGGUGAGAGCGUGAGGGGGGGCAGCUCCAGCCGGGAGGAGGACGAGGAUAGUCUGUACAGGAUGAGCCAGUACAGCCCUGACCGUUACCAGCCUGAGCUGGGGGGAGCCCUGGAGGCCAGAGAGGCAGACGACGAAGAUGAGGAGGAGGAGGAGGACAUGACGGUCCAUGUCGAUGAAGAGGAUAACAGUAACGAGAAGCAGUUCUAUGUGCGCAAGGAGGAGUUCCAGUGCAUACGUUACAGCCACAGUCAGCAAGGCUCACUUUCAGAUGGAGAGCUUUACACUGCCAGAUCGUACCGGCACAGAGAAUUAAGCUGUGAAUGAUUCUGCUCAACUUCUUGUAAACCGUCUCAUGGGGAAAAAAUAUAAAUAUAUAAAUAAAUGCAAAAAUUCUGUGAAAUAGAUUUUGGUUUUCAGCGGUAUUGUAGCAUAAACAAAUGUGCUAAUAAAACUGUAUAUUUUUUAAAAGAAAUUAAUAUAAAUUUCUUCAAUUGUUUACUCAAUACAUAAUCUCUAACAAUGUGCAUGCAUGACUCAGCCUACUGUACAUUUUGAGAGGAGGUGAUUUAGUUUUGAUAGAGAAUGUGAUUACAGAUCAAUGUUUUUAUUUCUUGUACUGACAGCGUGAUAACAGUUUAAUAUUUGUCUUUUUCUUGGUUUUUUUUCAAUGCUUGAGAAAUAACAUGUAAAUAAAUGGCAUAACAGUU